AUGUCUUCAUCAAAUAGCCACAGUAUAGACCGCAUGUUUAACUCUUCGACGGGCUCGAUAAUUCUCAAGGACAUAAUCCCAAAGGUUUUUGAGGACUUCGUUGUACGAAGCUUGGAUCCCGAUGUAGUGGGCUUUUCUGACCAUAUUUCCAUGGACACUCCUCCACCGAAGAAGUCUCCAAUUCAUAGGCCUCGGAAAGAACCACAUUCCUCGGUUGGGAAACGUAGGGCCAAAGAUAUCAAGCGCAUAACCGAGUCAUCACUCUCAUCCAUGAACCGUGAUCCCAUUCCCAGACCCACCGUCGCUGAUCGCCAUCAUUCAUCCUCGUCGGCUCGUCAUCUCCUCUCUUUGUCGUCGUUGGGCGUCGGCUCAUCAUCUCCUGUCUCUCUCCGUCGCAAGACACCAUCAUUAAGGGAUUUGAAGAGAGAUCACUCAAGUAUUUCAGAUCAAGUGAAGAACAUGAAUACUGAUUGUAAUGAAUAUAAGCUUUUAAAAAAGAAAUACAUAUAUGAGUCCUCUGAACGAAAGUGGCUUUACAAUGAAGUGAUUGAGCUGAAAGGCAAUAUUAGGGUCUUCAGCCGAUGUAGACCUUUAAAUCAAGCUGAAAUUACUAAUGGGUCCAGUUCUGUUGUUGAAUUUGACUCUUAUCAAGAAAAUGAGCUACAAAUUGUUUCUUCUGAUUCUUCUAAAAAGAAAUUCAAGUUUGAUUUUGUGUUUAAGCCCAAGGACAAUCAAGAGGCUGUUUUUGCACAAACUAAACCCAUUGUGACUUUAGGACUGGAUGGCUAUAAUGUCUGCAUAUUUGCAUAUGGACAAACUGGAACUGGGAAGACAUUUACCAUGGAGGGUACACCUGAAAAUAGAGGAGUGAACUAUAGGACUUUAGAGGAGUUAUUUCAUAUUUCCAAAGACAAAACUGGUGUCAUGAGAUAUGAGCUAUUUGUUAGCAUGUUGGAGGUUUACAAUGAGAAGAUAAGGGACCUUUUAGUUGAAAACUCUAACCAACAUGCUAAGAAUAUAUGUGAGCCGAAAAACCCAAGGCCUAAAGAAGAAGGCACCAACGCUUGGGGCUGCCAAGAAACCGCCGAUUACUCUGGCGAAGAAGCAGCCCGCUGA